AUUGGCAAGGCUACAACGCACUUCAUUGACACUUGCACCUUGGACUUCUUUUCUGCGGUUGGACUUUAUUUUGGGCAAAGAAUAGUAAGCAUGGACAAGUGGGUGCAGUUAAAUAACCAGGCAGCCGGCCGAGACAAAGUAGCAAGACUCAUACAAUAUGCAUCGCGUGCCAUGUGGGACUCGAUGGAGUCCUCAAAUUGCCAUCCGGCAUUGGUUGACAAUUUCAAGACAGUCGAGUACAUUUUGAGCACAUUCCGAAAAUUACUUCGGUUUGGCAAGGGACUCGAUGUAUUCUAUGCCAGCCUGCGAUCCAUACACUAUCCAGAUCUGACGAUCCGCAUCACGCUCACCAUGAGCAAAGUGUCGCAAGCAUUAUUUCUGCUCGCCGAUCAUCUCUUGUGGCUGGCACGCACCGGGUUAACCGUGGUGGAUGCCAAGAGAUGGUCGAAAAUCGCAAACAAAUAUUGGCUAUUUUCCAUCAUCAUGAAUUUGUGUCGCGACCUGUACGAGAUCAUGCGCGUCGUCGAUCUGCACAAGGCCAGCUGCAGUGGGGGAAUCUCUCGUUGCAAGAUUCCAACACGAAUUAAUUCACCAGCAGACAUUAAACAACUUGCUCUACACUCCUACGGCCUGUUGUGGGCGCACAAGGCUAUCGUUGUGGAUACGGUGAAAAAUGCGUGCGAUUUCUUUAUACCUCUGACGGCUUUGGGUUACACAAGCCUAACACCGAGAACGAUUGGCAUGCUGGGAGCGAUUUCAUCCAUUGCAGGUCUUUGGGCGCUGAUCGAGCCAAGUGCUAAGUUGACGCCCGCGUAAUAUUUUCAAACUGUUUGUGUAUUUAUAUGUAUGUAUAAAGUUGUAAUUGUUUGAAAUGUUUUUUUGAUAUUUUAACUGUUUGUAUGAGUAUUAAGUUUGAAACGAACGAUUUUAUGAAACUGUACUGUAAGCCAUCAAAAGUUCAAUAAAUAAUGUGAAAAUGUAA